AUGCCGAAAUCAUUCGCUGGUCGUUCGACUCGUAAUGUGCUUAAUUUAACCCUUCCCACUACGAUUGCGCGGAGCUCGGAGGACGACGUCGCAUUCGUUUCAGCUGGUGGAAUCGAGGCACGCGUAGCUAUGGGUAGCACCACGGCUCCACGUGCACUCAAAAACCCACCCGAUCCUGAUCCUCUACAGAACCCACAUCAUAUAGCUGCGAAUGGGGUUCCUGCACCUAUUAUGCGAGUCCGCAACUCACAGACAUCUCCUGUUGGUCCUCGUGCCCCAGGACUUCAUGUCAAAGUGAUCGCUCCAAUUAUAACACCCUCUUCUGGUGAGCGCAACCAUACUAGUGGACGCUACGCCAAUCGUAUGAGCACUGGACCGGUUGAUGUUGCGGAAGUUCUUCGGCAGUUGGAAGCUCAGGAUUUAGAUGAACUGCAGCGUAGUCAGCUGAGCGCCUUUGUUGCGGAGAAGCAGAAGAUUGGUGAACUGAAACCAGAAGAUUUCGAAAAAAUAAAAGAACUCGGCAAGGGCAACGGCGGUGUUGUCAGUCAGGUGCGCCACAAGACCACGGGCCUCAUUAUGGCCAAAAAGAAUAUUCACUUAGAAAUAAAGCCAGCGGUUCGAUCUCAGAUUAUUCGCGAGCUUCAGGUAUUGCAUGACUGCAAUUCGCCCUACAUCGUUGGGUAUUACGGUGCUUUCUUUGCUGACGGGGACAUUAGUCUGUGUAUGGAGUAUAUGAAUGGAGGCAGCUUGGACAUUGUGUUGCAACACGCUGGCCGCAUCCCGGAACCGAUUGUGGCGAAAAUACUCUACUCCGUUCUGAAGGGCUUGGUUUAUCUCGGCCAAGCCCUACACAUAAUACACCGAGAUGUGAAACCUUCCAACAUCCUUUUGAAGUUGAACGGCGAUGUCAAGUUGUGCGACUUUGGUGUUAGCGGGCAGCUGACGGACUCUUUGGCCAAUUCCUUUGUUGGCACUCGUAGUUACAUGGCACCGGAACGAUUAACUGGGGAGCAGUACAACAUUUUGAGUGAUGUCUGGAGCGUUGGUCUAUCUCUCGUUGAGCUGACCACUGGGCGAUACCCUAUUCCCGCCAUCGAAUGUGAAGAUUCCUAUCUAACAGCCUUCAGCCCUAAUCGCGAAGCAAACUUAGCUGAACACUUAGAUGUUGCUAAACACGGUCGCCCCUUGAAACCCGUCAGUGUGAAGCGCGAAGAGCCAAUGGCUAUCUUUGAACUGUUGGCACAUAUUGUGGAUCAGCCGGCACCUAGCUUACCAAGAUUUUGUUUCUCUGACGAUCUGAUCGAUCUGGUAGAUUCGUGUCUUCGCAGCUCCCCGUCAGACCGGCCUUCGUUGGAGAAAUUGCUCGCACAUCCCUUUGUAACUACUGUUGCUGGAGCCUGUCCGACCGGGAUAGUCCAUCGCCAGAGUACCGUCUAUAAUGCGCGAGAUGGUGAUUUUUCUUUGUCUAAUGAGGAUCCAAUCGAUAUUGGAGGUUAUCUGCGAGCAGUUCUUCCUCCGCUACCACCGGACGAACCACUUGUUUGAUAUCCAUAUACUCAUACUCUCAGUGCCUCCGAAAGCACCCCAUAUACCUAGUUCACUUAUUCAAUGUUUUAUCAGUUGAUUUCCUGAAGUCACCACACGAAACUACUUCACGUCAGUUAUCUUCAUUUCUUUCGCACUCAUCCCAUUUAUUCAAUCCAAUACCGUGAUAUCCUUGUUCCUCUUUUGGGUCUCCUGCGUGACUUCAUUCAUUUCGACUAAUUUCACUUCGCUCAUUGCCUCUGCCCUCAAUCCCACGGAGUGUUCAACACACUGCUGAUUCACCCGCUCACAGCUUGUGUACAUGUUAUCUUUGCCAUUCGGACUGAUGGAACGUUUUGCGUUGCCCGGUCUUUCGUCUUGCCUUUUUUACUUCUGUUGUACAACGCUCCCCUUUUUUGCUACAGAUGUUUUGCCUAUAGAUUUCUGCACCCAAUAACUUCCCCCAGAAAGGAAGUAGAACCUCUUCUCCCACAAUAUAUAUUUAUGCUGCGCGUUCACGACUUUUUGUCGUGAUACAUUCCCAAGCUCUAUGUGUUUGCGGUACGAUGUUAGACUACAUUGAUGCUCCAGAAGCCCUUUUACGAUUUCCAAAAG